CGUUUGUUUCGCUUAAACAAAAAUACAAUAAACACGUGUCUUGUAAAGCCAGCUGCAUGUAACCAGCAUUUCACACAGUGCAACCGAACUUUUAAAAACCUCCGCAACGUGCAAACAAAUGUAAAUUCAGACGUAAGACGCAUCGAGUGAAAGAGAGCGACCCUCACCCAGAAAGAGACGAACGGUGUCACGCACCGGGCAAACGUUUUACGAAACGUUUGAGGAAAAUAAAAAAAAACCCUGCCUGUCAAACUUUUUCUUCGCUUUCAGAAAAUUUCAAAGCUGUUUCUCAAAGUGUGCGAAUUUUUCUUCUAUAUAUCAUGUAAGUAAUAUGGGAAAAUCCAUGCAAGUCGGCGCUAUCACAGGUCAGCUAUCGAGUACGAAUCGCAACGUAACACAGACGUUUACGGGACGAUUUUUGUGUUCGAAUCUGGUUGGUGCCGCCUGUCCCGUCGUGCGUAGGUUAUUUAGAAAAGAAAAAAAUUACACGUACAUUAUCAGACCCCGGUGUGUGGUUGUAGCAGUGAUUGCCGGCAUUUAUGUUGCAUUAAUGUGAGACGCAUUCGGUCCGCACGGCACGAUGCAAUCGAAAUUGAGCAGCAAUGGUUCGAUCGUGUGGCCAAUGGCGUGUAAUGCAGGGAUGAUGUUAAGCGGUGGAAAAUUAUCGAUUUUUCACAGUGUCUGCUGUCUCCUCACACCUACGGCCACUCUCGCGGUUCCUCCCCGUGCGGUGGAACAUAAUGCGAACGAAACAGGGUUUUAAUUUCCAGCCUAUCCGCAUGGGGCCUUCUCCGGUCCAUUCUUGUGAUCGGUUUAAAAACGAGUGUCAUUCGUCCGAGACGUGAUUGUAACAUAAUUAUUGGAGAAAAAUGAUAUUCCUUAAGUGAAACAGUGAACAACUAGCGUACUGCUGUGACUAGUACCAGUACCAUGGCUUAUCGCAACAACAACCGUCGUGGUGGAGGUGGUGGUGGUGGAGGUGGUGGCGGUGGCGGUAGUGGAAGCGGCGGUGGUGGUGGAGGUGGAGGUGGCAACUUCGGCAACAACAACUAUGGCAACCGCAUCAAUCCUUGGGAUGCGGGUGUAGGCGGUGUCCGCGUGAACAAUGAUGCGCUCUCGUUUGCCAACAGCUUAAUUAAUAACCUGCUCGGCAAUCAAAACGCGAACCAGGUGCCGUCCCUGCUGGACGGUGUUCAAUCUUCGCGAUUUGACGACAUGAACGGAUACAACUUCAUUAGGAGUCGAUAUGGCAAAAAUCGUAACGUAAAUGGUCGCGGUAUUCGCAAACCGGAUGCUGCUGCCCGGUCCAAGCACGUGCUGGCGAAAAAUUAUACCAAACCGUUCAGUAAAGAUGCACUCGGCAAUGCUAGUACAAGCAGCCGAACUAGUGGCAAUAAGGGAGCAAAGAAAGGGAACCUAUCGGGUGGGCCUACCGGUGGCCCGCACAAGGAAAAACCUUCCUCGUCGAAGGCGUCGCCGUACUUGGACGUGUCGAACGAUUUUCUCUACUGUCACAUGUGCGACAAGCACAUGUACGAUGCCACGUCGUUCGAGAACCACAUCACGGGCCGAACGCACCGCGUCAUGAAGGAAAGCAUCGAGGAAAGCUAUCGGAUGCGAGCGACGCUGCUGCGGCAGGAAGCUCGCAUCGCCGAGCAGCUGAAAACGAUCGAGAUUGAUCGUUUGAAGCGUAUGGGGAAGGCGAAAAAUUACUACAAGGUGCGCGAGUACUGCCCCAUGUGUGAGCUGUUUUUCUACGGGCACAUCAUAGCCCACCGGCGUUCGGAGAAGCAUCUGGAUUUGAAAAAGUUUCUGCACCCCAAGUGCGAUGACUGCGAGCUCGAGUUUCACAAUCGCACCGAGUACGAUGACCAUCUGCUCUCGGUGGUGCAUAUGAAGAACUGUAAAGCCAAACCGAGCAGGCUCGAGAUCGAACGGAAGGCUAAACAACUGACCAUUUCUACCAUGAACGACGAGCUGCUAGACAUUCGCGAAGAGAUAUCGCCCAAAAAGCGAAAGGAAGCGGAUGGUUCAUCCGGAUCGGGCGCAAAGCGGUCCGAGGCGGAAGGCAAAUCGACGACCAGCAAGCAACAGCAAGCAUCGACCGAACAGCCGGGAUCGGCAUCGGGCUCGGGAGAAAACGGUGAACCAAGCAAGGCGGACGACGAGACGGCUGCUAUGGUGGACUCGACGGUGGAGGAUGGUGCCGGCAGCGAGUGUGGUAAGCCGGCGUUGGAGGACGGUGUGGGCGCCACGCUCGACGAUCCGAAGCUGGACGACGAGUGUCCCGAGGACGAGAUGGUAAAGGAGGAAGAAAGCGAAGACUGCAUACUGGACUACAAGCCGGGCGACGAGAUUGCGCCGGAAAUCGACACCAAGCUGCCCCGGUACAGAAAGAACCGUGCGCUCGGGCUGAGCCUGAUCGGGAAGCUGGAGUGCGUCGAGUGUCGCAUCUGCCACAAGUACUUUGACAGUGAAGCGACCGGCGAGGUGCACGCCCGCACCCAUUCGCACUAUCGCGCAUUUAUCCGCUUUCUGAACGAGAAGGCAAUGGAGGUGCGUAUCGCGCAGAAGCGUGCCGCGGUGGCGCUUGAGGUGGCCGAAGCGGCGAAGAAGAAGCAAAAGCUGGCCGACGAAAAGAAGCACGUGGAGGCGGACGCUAAUGGCGAUCGGGCGAACAAUGGUGAACAGGCCGAGAAGAAGGAUUCGGAGCUGUACGAUCCAUCGGAGGCCACAGAAUCGGGUGACGCCAGCAUGGCCGAAGACGGGAAAAGUGAUGAUGGCCAGAACGGUUCGGACCAGCAACAGGAGGAACCGAUGGAAACGGACGUGGCAGCUGGUAAGGUAGCCUCGGCAGGGACGGAUGAUGACGAGUCGGGCGCACAGGCGCAGGAACCGGACUCCAGCAAGGAGGAUGAAAGUAAAGAUUCGAAGGAAGAUAAACCCAACCCGAAGGGUGGCAAUCGCCGUGGAAGGAAUGCACGAUCGGGACGAUUUGCUGGACGCUACUAGGCUUGCGAUCAUGUAGCACAGCGGAAUGGUAGUGCAGCACUAGAAACAAAUACUUCUUACCAAAGAAACUGGCUGGGCUGGCGUACAUUUGUCCGCACUUUCCGCACCGGUUACCAAACCCGCGAACCAUUUAUGCAACAGCCAACACUUACACACAAGCACACACACUAUGAAAAAGGAAUGGACAAUUCUUACUCACCCCCCCCCCCCUCCCCCUCUCCCGGUGCAAAGGAUAAUCGUAUCACGUUGUUUGUGUACUAGCGCGUUUUUCCGUCACACAUACACUCUACUAGCAGCUGCUACAGUGUGUGGUAGCAUUAUUAACUUACUCACGCGAGGAUAACUCCUGCUCUUGAUGCUACAUUCGAGUGCACACCGAUAGGCACGCGUAUUUCGAGCGCCGAUGAGCGCCGGCAACAAGCCACAGGUGUAGGUGUACGUGUGCGUGUGUAAGUGUGUGAUUGUGUAGUGAAAAAAGGCCAACGAUCAAUGUUCAUUCGUACCGAGGAGGCUGCUCGCUGGGGAGCGAUCUUCUGCUGGCCAUUCGAAGCCGUUUACUCUACUCGGCAACGCUCGAUUCGUACGCAGAUGGUGCUUUGUUUGUUCAUUAGCCGUUUGCCUAGCAUAGUUCUGUGUGUGUGAUUUAACCCCGGUGAGGAUCUCCGAUCGUGUGAUCGAAGGGCAAUUACAGCGUAGUGAAAAUUCGGCUCGUCAAACACGGACGGGCAAUCGCUUGUUUAAACUAGUAGCAAAGAUUUAUACUGCAAGUACAGUGAAACACACACACACAAACUCCCCUUCGGUGAAUCGAAUUUGCAGUCGUAGCGCAACUCUAGCGUGUAAUUGUAAUUGUUUUCUCUUCAUACUCGCUCUCGCUCUACUCUAGGCACCAGCAGCCAGCAGCUGUUCAUAACCAAAUGUAUCGAUAUGUAUGCGUGCCACCUGAUCCUCCUAUCCGCGCCAACUCUAUGCGCCAUAAUGCUAAAGCAACAAAUAUAACACACACAAACACUCAGACAAACAGAACCUUGCUUGUUACAAGGCAUUUGCGUUUUGCGAUCGAGGAUUAAAGUCCGCAAAUCAAAUCAAACACUUUUUCUACAUAUUUAACCAAAUAUUGUGCAUCGCAGAGGAUGGAGGACGGAGGACAUUUCGGCUCACAAUGAAACGCAAACCGCCAAUCGCUUCUAAUUGUGUGUAGUACUGCAGACGCGCUGCCGCAGCGCACAGGGCGCGUCGAGUAGCAAACGGGUUGCCCAACUUUAAAGAAAAACCUCAACAAAAAAAAAAUUGAUCUCAUUAAUCCUCCGCAGCAAGAAUUUUAUCCCGACACAACACUUACCCCGACUGCGUUUAAGCCUUGUAUGCAAAACGUCGCCCUAAGUUUUCUUUCUCACUGUAAUGCACCGAACCGGUACAAACUCAGUCGAUAAGUGAGGAAAGUGUGUCUCCGCAAGCAAAGCAAAUUACUCAUACACCAACGCAAAGUAAAAAGCACAAAGCACAUGAACAUACAAACAAAGUGAGAGCCGCCCAAAGGCCACAACCACAAGCAAUUGCAUCAGUAGGCCAGUCUCGGACUCGCAUCAUCUCGGACUGUGGUUCCGACCGGUAGCGGUUCCGGCCCCGUUGUGUAGUGAUUGUUUUGAUAGCAAAAUGUAAUCGGUCAGAAUAAGGGGAAAACAAAACAGGCAACGGAAUGAAGAUGGUGGAAGAGUGAAAAUGAUUAAACCCGCACACCCGCAUAUGCGCACCAUCACCGCACCUACUCACACACUGUAACUGUACCCACGAGUACUGUAUGUGGCCUUUUUCGGUGGGUGUUUCCACCCCGGAACGGGGCUAUUAAUUGGCAUUUAAUGAAAUCGAUUACGGUGUUACGAAUGACACCGAAAAAGGACUCGGUUUGCUCUCUGGUAGCGUUAGCAUGAUCGCGAAAACGUUUGCUGGGUGCUGCCACAAACGACGAAGAAGACGUUUCGGGUGGGAAGGUGAUUAGAAUUAUUCUGAAAUUCAGAACUACAGCAAAUCGGAGCUGGUGGUGGGCUGGUGUAGUCGGAAAAUCAAGAAGAGUGAGAUUUGAGGCAAAUUUAUGUAAUAACAGAUACAAUCGUAAACACAUACUACUUUUAGCAGCAGAGUCCAUCGUUUGCACGGCGCACGUACGGCUAGAGGGUUCGACGAGUGCAGCAAACCAGAACAUCCGUAUCGGCCGUACGGAGCCCAGCAGAGAAAAAAAAGGCAAGAGGAAAAGCAUAUGUUGAAGGCUAGCGGCUCAGAAGCUUUUAUGCAAGAACGUAUGGGAAUGCGAGAAGGAAAGCGGGAAGCAAAGAAGAGGCAGGCGAAAGAAGCGAAGAACCCUGUCAAAACCCUUGUUGCCCAGCGAAGAUAAGCGAUUUAUUAUGCGAAUAAUAAAUGAAAGCCAUUGUGGGGAGGAGUGCACGGAAAA